CGCAAACAGUAUUCUUCCUCAAAACUGGUGACUAUUCUCCCAUUACAUUUUUGUUGGAUCCAUAUUUUACUCGAUAAAACAAUUGAGGCUAUACUUGAAAUGUCUGGAACUAUGAGAUCUCCUACGAAAUUUUCUUUUCUGGAAUUUUCCUUGUCCUAAUUCCUAUUAUUUCUGUAAAAACCUAAUUCCCCAAAUUCUACCUUUUUUUGAACGCAAUUUCCCACGUUCUUUCCUCGAGCACUGAACAAGAAAUUUGUAUUCAGAAGAAGAUAAGCGAAGAGAAAAUCCGGGGGAAAGAUGAAGCCGCCGAUGGAUUUCUUUGCAGAUUUGGACGAGCAUUCUGCGGUGGCGAUGGACUUGGACGAUGCCGAUUCACUCGAUUUCUUCGGUGGAGAAGGCCCGCUCGCGGCACUUGAACACCACCGCCUGGCCGACGCCGAUUUCUUCAACUCUUUCCAGGAUGACUUCGAUGACUCCGACAUCAAUUAGUCGCUUUACUGUUUGGUGCCCUUCUUGUUCCUAGGUUUCAAGCCAUGAGUAUGAUGCUGUACGUAGAAUGCCCUUAUUUAGCUCUUUUUCUAGGAUUCUCUUAUCCCAGCAUUGGUCAGUGGCCGGAAUGACUGGUUGCAGUUUUGGUUUUCGAUUCUAGCUCGAAAUUGUGUAGCCAUGAGGGUCAAGGACGGUUUGCCAUAUUAUAACACACGCCUCUUCUUCUGUCCUUGGUUUUGGGGCUUGUAGGGGAUGUAAAUAUUUAAACAACCGAAUGUGGUCCAUGGGCUCGAAGAUUGUGCAAUCAUAACUCUUUACUUGAAUGAUCUUUUUUACGAUUGUGGGAUCCGACUAUUUGUUGAUUUCUUGUUUGGAACUCAGUUUUAUCAAAAUGUUUGUUCGUAGGCAGGAAUGUGGUCAGUGAUAUAGAGUACAAUACUCAAUCCGUGUAUUGGUUAAAGCUACAUUAUAUCCCUUUCCUCUCUGCACUGAAGUUGCUCGAGUUCCCUUGAUUGCUUUUUUGGAUGUACCUAUGUUUGCGAGCCGGUUAUGAUUUUGUGAAAUUGAGUCUGGAGUGCUGCAACUAUGAUUUGCUUUCUGUUAUGUAAGUUGCAGUGGGUUGGGGGAGUGAAUUUGGUAAACUUAAUUCUUGACAAUGCAAAGAUCAUAUUGUAUCUUCUUCAGAGAGCAAAUGAAGGAUAUCUCUCACAUUACGAAUUUCAAGCUACAUAGUCCGCUUUGUAUAACUUUCCCAUCUAUUUAAAUAUGCAUUUGAAGAGACUCAGACAAUCCCCCUUGAAUCUAGCCAAGACAAUCCCGCUAGUCGUA